AUGGCAAGAGAGAAUACGAAGGACUUCCUUUUGGAAGCGCUAGAGGACCUUACGGUGGAUAUGUUUGAGAAGUUUAAGUAUAAAUUAUCAUAUAUUGAUUAUGAUGAGAUGGCCAAUCCAUCCAAAUCCAAGUAUUUGCUCAAGAAAGACAACGGUCCAGUUAAAUUUGCAGACUACAUGUGUGAUCACUAUAGAGCCGACUUUGCUGUGGAUGUAGUUAUCUAUCUGCUUGAACAGAUCAACCAAAGAGACACUACAGCUAAACUGAAACAGGAAAAAGGAAAAGAGAUCUUGAGGAGACCAGAAAAACUCCUGUUUGUCAUCAGUGGCUUUGAUGAACUAGGUUCUUUGGACCUGCCACAAAAUGACCUGUGCUCUGAUCCUUGGGAGAUGAAACCAGUGGAAAUCAUUCUGAGGAGCUUAUUUAGGAAAAUCCUUCUCCCUGAAUGCUCCCUGUUGAUCACAACAAGACCAGCUGCCCUGCAGAAGCUGGAACAGUCCUUAGUGUGUGAACGCUCUGCUGAAAUGCUGGGAUUUUCAGCAGUUGAUAGGGAGGAAUAUUUCCACAAGUUUUUUGAAAAUAAGGAAGAGGGAAGGAAGGCCUUUCAGUUUGUUAAAGGAAAUGAAAUGGUCUUCACCGUGUGCCUUGUUCCCAUCAUGUGCUGGAUUGUCUGUACUGUUAUGAAAGAACAGCUUGAAAGUGGUAAAGAUCUUGCACAAACUGCCAAGACAACUACAGGAAUAUAUAUCCUUUAUGUUUCCAGCUUACUAAAAUCAUUGAGCAGCAAGCUGAAACAGAACUUGCACAUUAUCUUGAGAAGACUUUGUUGCCUGACUGCUGAUGGGAUCUGGAAGCAGAGAGUCCUCUUUGAGGAGGAGGCAAUCAAUGAAUUCUUGUUAAAUCAGAGAGACACUCUCCCACAUUUUUGA